AUGUAAUUCUGUAUUAUCAAAUACUUAAUAAUCAUAUAUUACACAUUUUAGUUAAAACAUUUGUUCUUAAUUAAAGAUUCAAUCAAGUUGUUUCUUAGAUAAUUAUUAUUAAUGUAGAUAAACUAUUAUUACAGAUAUAAUUAAAUGUAAUACUUAAGGAUUAAAUAAAUUUGGUUGUAUUAAUAGAUCAAUAGAAGAUAAUGUUAAUUUAAAGAUGAACAACAUUAAUGUAUAGAAAAUACAAAUGAUUAAAUUGGAUGUCUUGAUUCAUUAAAUAAAUAGGCUUGUAUUUCUUAAAAAUAAACAUGUAAAUUUGAGAAUAAUAUCUGUUCUCUUCAUUAAGUAAAUACAAUUAAUGAUAUCAUUAAUUCUACUUUAUUAUUCGUUUAUUCUAAAAGUGUUUGUUAUGCUAUAGAUUAACAAAUAACAGAUUGUUUGAUAUAUAGUGAAAUAUAAAAUAGAUGUAUUAAUGUAUCUAAUAGAUAACCUUUUAUUGAUAAUUGUUAUAAAUUUACAAUGAAUAAGUAUGCUUGUUUAUAAAAAACAUUAUAAACAUGUGAAUAUAAUUAAAAUGAAAAUAGUUGCAUUUAAACAUCAUAAUAAACUUUGAAAACUAUUAAUAAUUGUUUUCCUGAAAAAUAUUUAAAUUGGAUUUCUUGUAUAUCUUUACCUUCUAAUUGUAAAUUCAAUGGAAUAAAAUGUUAAUCUAUUGAUUUAAAAGUUGAUACUUGUGAAUCUUUAUCUAAAUCUAAAAUUUAUAGUUAAAGCUUCAGUUUGUGCAACUACAAAUGA